AUGGCGAGCAACAGGCACAGUGAGAUCAUCGUGUAUGGCGUACUACUGACAGUAGCUUGCCUGGCUAUGCCCACAUUUUCGGUUGGUCCAACUUUGGAGACCAAGACGUGUCCUUCAAGUGACUAUCUUGUAAAUGGAAUAUGCUGCAAUAAAUGCCAUGCUGGUUUCAAACUGGUGAAAGACUGCGUUUCCGAAGACACGAAGACUACGUGCAUGCAGUGUCCAAAGGGGCAGUUUAUAAACCGCAGUAACUACUCACCAACCUGCUUCCGAUGUAAGACAUGCAAAGAAGAGCGCCAUGAGGUGACUGUUUCUGAAUGCAAACACUACCGUGACACCCAGUGCCGCUGUAACGACACCUUCUAUGCUAACAAAAUCAACUCUGAGACGAUAGAGUGUUUAAAAUGCACAACCUGCAGCCCUGAUGAUGUGGUAAUCCGAAAAUGUACUCCAGAGACCAACACGAUGUGCAGACCCAAGGAGAACUUCAGACCAGUGGACCCUAAAAGCCAGCUAUGCGAUAAUUGCACAGAUGAAUGCAAGCAUCUCUGCACACCACUUCCUUCCCACAAAGAUUCAGAGAGUGGAAAUGGGUUUCUCGUUCACAUCCUGAUUGCAGCUGUGGUUGUGACCGUGGUGCUGUUGAUGCUGAUCAUCUGCUACUUGGCCACCAAGCGCUUGACCAAAAUGGUGCUGCGCAAGCCACGAUCACAAAAAAGCAACGUUUCGCUGGAUUCAGAAAAGUCCCUAAUUCAAAAAGACAUGACAAUAUGCGUUCCUGCAUGUCCUGAGAGCGCACUCCUUGUGACGGAGCCCAAUUUGCCUGAUUGUGUCCCUCCGGAGAUUAAGACCCACGACCUCAUCUACUCGGUGCUGGACCUGGUUCCCGUACAGCAAAUCAAGCAGCUGGUACGUUCACUCGGCGUGCCUGAAAGUGUCAUUCAAUGGGCCGAACAGGACCACAAAAGCAAAGAGGCCCACUACCAGAUGCUGAAAGCGUGGGCGGAGGAUGGCUCGCAUGCCGGCGGUGGUCAAGGCGGAAUGUUAAACCGGGCCUCGCUGCAAGAACUUAUGCACAAAUUGAACCAGAUGCACCUUGGGGGAGUGGCCGAAGGUUUGGAGACAAAGUACGGCAUUCACUAG